GGGAUGGCGAAUCUAGCAUCUUGGCGUGGAGGAAGUCGUGGGUCGCCCAUCGUGGAUGGUUUGCCACAUAUAGAUCCAUAGCCCGGCUCAUCAGAUGCAGUCUCAUCAUCUAUCCUCAGAAUAUCCCUAUCUCCAUAUCUCCAGAGUUGUUUCGUCUCCUGUGAUACAUCAUGCAGCCAUAUACUCCAGAUGAUAUUGAUCCUUCCCCACCCAGGACCACUAACACCGGACACCUCCGGUUUGCCGAAGACAAGGGUGGCCUCUGGUCCUCUGGAAAUAGCACGAAUGUCUCCUUCUCAGUGAAUCAACGGGAAGAAACCAUCUAUGGAACCAUCACCCGACACUUCAAAGCCGACAUCGAUAGGAAGUAUGCAGAUUGGAUGCUAGUAGUCUGCGGCUUCGUCGGCGGACUGGUUGACGGACUAUCCUUCAAUGCAUGGGGAAGCUUCUCAAGCAUGCAGACAGGAAACACUGUCUUCCUAGCCCUCGGCGCAUCAUCCCAACCCCGAUACCCAGCCUAUCUCUGGGCCAAAGCACUCAUUUCCCUAUGCACCUUUAUGACCAGCAACGUCCUCUUCAUUCAAGUAUCCCGAAAGCUCAAUCCCCUCCGUCGCUCCACAAUGGUCCUUUCAUUUGCCGUCCAAACCAUCUGCCUUCUAACCGCCGCCAUCCUCGUCGAAGCACAGGUCGUGUCCCCGAAACCGGAGGAUCCUCGUGCCCCAAUCCAAUGGAUGCAGAUCAUCCCCAUCUCACUCCUUGCCUUCCAAGCCGGAGGACAGAUCUGUGCAUCGCGGAUUCUCGCCUACGACGAGAUUCCUACCGUAGUCCUCACCGCACUGCUGUGCGAUCUCCUUGUUGAUCCGGAGCUCAUGGUGAAGAAGAAUCCCAAGAGAGACCGACGGAUCGGGGCCUUUCUGGCCUUGUUUCUGGGGGCUAUGACAGCCGGAGGACUAGUGAAGGUUGCCAGCAUGGCGAGUAGUUUGUGGUUUGCUUUUGGGUUGAAAUUUGCCGUCACUCUCGGUUGGAUUGUGUGGAGAGCUGAUGGCCGAGGGAAGGAUAAUGGAGGUAUUGUCUGAUAUGAUCCUUGGUGCUUAUCAGUUUCCUAUUUGUUACUUUCAGCUUAAUGCUAUGAUCUCGGGAAUUCCACAAUGUCUUUCCUUCGGUAUACAAAUUGA